AUUAUUGGAGUUUUCUGCUUACUAGUUAGGGCAUCAUAACUCUUCCCCCUCUCUCUCCCUCUCAAAAUUUUAGGGCAAAUAUUUAUUUUAGCAUCAAAAUCAAUUGAUCAUCAUCAUCAGCACCCUAGUCUGUGAUUGUAUAUUCUGUUAUUAAGAUGACUGAACCUUCUAAGGUCAUUCAUGUUCGUAAUGUAGGCCACGAAAUAGCCGAGAAUGAUUUGCUUCAAUUAGUACAGCCAUUUGGUGUUGUCACUAAGCUUGUCAUGUUAAGGGCUAAAAAUCAGGCACUUCUUCAGAUGCAAGAUGUGGCAGCUGCUGUUGAUGUGAUACAGUACUUCACUAAUGUUCAACCUAGUGUCAGAGGGAGGAAUGUUUACAUUCAGUUCUCUUCACAUCAAGAAUUGACAACAAUGGAUCAGAAUGGUCAAGGACGCAAGAGUGGUGAACAGAUAUCUCAGGAAACAGAACCCAAUCGAAUUCUAUUAGUAUCAAUUCAUCACCUGCUCUAUCCUAUAACGGUGGAAGUGCUGCAUCAAGUGUUCUCUCCUCAUGGGUAUGUGGAGAAGAUCGUCACGUUUCAGAAGUCAGCUGGUUCUCAAGCCCUUAUACAAUUUCAAACACGCCAGAGUGCUGUUGCUGCAAGGACAGCUCUCCAAGGACGCAAUAUUUAUGAUGGUUGUUGUCAGCUGGAUGUUCAGUUCUCAAACCUCAGUGAGUUACAAGUAAACUUCAACAAUGAGCGCUCUAGGGAUUACACCAACCCAUCUUUGCCUACUGAACAAAAAGGCAGAUCCUCCCAGCCUAACUAUGCUGAGGGAGGUUUAUAUGGUGUACAACCUUCUGGAGCUAGGCCAGGUGGAUAUCCACAGAUGGGAAAUGCGGCAGCUGUAGCAGCUGCAUUUGGAGGCGGGUUGCCUCCUGGUAUUAGCGGUACCAAUGAACGAUGCACAGUCUUGGUUUCCAACCUUGAUCCCGAUAGAAUUGAUGAGGAUAAGCUCUUCAACCUAUUCUCCAUUUAUGGAAACAUCGUGAGAAUCAAACUUCUCCGCAACAAACCAGAUCAUGCCCUUGUUCAGAUGGGUGAUGGAUUUCAAGCUGAAUUGGCUGUACACUUCUUGAAGGGAGCAAUGCUGUUUGAAAAGCGUAUGGAGGUGAACUUUUCAAAGCAUCCAACUAUUACUGCAGCUCCUGACACACAUGAGUACCAGAAUUCGAACCUGAAUCGGUUCAAUCGCAAUGCAGCAAAGAAUUACCGUUACUGCUGUUCCCCAACCAAGAUUAUCCACUUGUCAACCCUCCCUCAAGAAAUUACAGAGGAAGAAAUUGUUUGCCACCUCGAGGAGCAUGGAACCAUAGUGAACACCAAGCUUUUUGAAGUGAAUGGCAAAAAACAGGCUCUUAUCAUGUUUGAAACAGAGGAGCAGGCCACUGAGGCUCUCGUGUGCAAGCACGCAAUAACCAUAAAUCGCUCAGUCAUCCGGAUCUCCUUCUCCCAGCUGCAGAACAUCUAAAACUGGGCUGGCUGUAAUAGUUUUACCCUUCCACGGAGUCAUCGAUCUAGUAUCGAGACUCUUGCCCGUCCAUUUAGGCUUGGUAUAACACGAUGUGAUAUUUCAUAUUCUAGAUGUUUAUUUUGUUUAAUUCAAACUUGAAAGAUUUUAUUAAUCAGAAAGAGAGUACAAAGAGAGUACUGUUGAUAAUCGG